AUGCGCCCCGUAGCGGCGGCGUCGGCGGCGGCGCGCGCAACCUCCUCUCUCCACUCCGUCCUUCUCACAGCCAAUCUUUGCGGCGUCGCGCUGCUCCUCCUCCUCCACCUGCGAUCCGACGGCGGAGAUCAGCGCGCGGCCGCAUCCAACGGUCAGCAGCAGCAGGCGCUCGGCGCGCUGGAUGCUCCGCAAGUGAUGGCGGGGGAAGGGAACCGAGAGCUUUUGUCAGAAUUAGCGGAAGGAGCGGGGCAAGCCUGCGCGACGUCGGAGCCGAUUAACGCGGGGAAUAAAGAGCUGCUGCAAUGGUCGGAGCAGCAGUACCGAAUCAACGUUGGGCGAAGAAACGCUGCAGUUGGCAAGGAUCCGGUUAAGUUCGUUAUGGAUUGGUUCAAGAUGACUGAGGGACGGCCCUACAAAGCCCGAGCCGCAUUCAUGUUCGAGGUGUUCGCCCCAGCAUACCCCUGUCUGAUGGAGGAGCGCCUUGGCACGUGGCUGGAUGGAGGCAAGUGGGUGUGCCGCCCUUCUCUCCUCAACGCCUCCUCGGUCGUCUACAGCAUAGGGUCAGACGGCAAGGACUCAUUCGAGGAGGAGAUUUUCAGCCGCUUCAAGUCACGAAUCCAUGUCUUUGACCACACGCUCACACCGCGCAAGAAGGCCAAGGUGGAGCGCAAGAAGGCAUACAAGUUCCACCCCAUCGGCCUCGCUGUCUCGUCCAACGAGUCUGCUUCUCUAAGCAGCUUCAAGGAUCUGACAACGAUGCUAGGCCAUUCCUUUGUGGACAUUUUCAAGGUGGAUUGCGAGAGCUGUGAAUACGACGUCAUUCCGUCCAUCCUUGAUGGUUACACCACGCCACCCUUUGGACAGCUGCUGAUUGAGAUUCAUGAUUUAGACCGAUCAAAUGCUGAUCGUCUAACGAGAUUUCUUCACAAGAUCGAAUCACACGGUUACCCCAUGGCGCUCUCGCACUCGAGUAUACUCAACCUCAUCCCCGCUACUAUAUCAUCCGACUCCGUCGCUGGUGGUACAUCAUCAGCGGGAUCCAUACCAUCCGGCCGACUACUACCUUCCUCCACCAUCUCCUCUAGUCUUCGCCACGUGCUAACUCCCUCCCAAUCCUUGUCCUCUGCUUCGCACAAUGCCGCCUCCUCGCUCUUCCCCUCGCCUCUGCACUCGUUUCACCACGUGUCGCUUCCGCGCACCACCACCGCGGGGGCUGCGCCGGCUGCGCUUUCCGCGCACCCGCGUGCCAUGCUCCCCCAAACCUCCCCGUUUCCUCAAGCCUCACGGGCGACCUCCGCGUCGCCUGAUCAAGUCGCACUCGCAGCGUCCGCGACGCCGACAAGCAUUUUGCGCUCCGAUAAAGACGCGCAGUCGUUUUCCAACGCACCGCAGCUUAAAGAGCGCAGCGCGCAGGUUCUUUCGGACCUAAGAAAAGCAUCCGCCGUUGUUGCGGUGUCCACCGCGUUUGCGCUUUCCGCUGGUUGCUGCUCGCCAGGCGCGGCGCUUGCGCUGGACCAACUCCCCCCUCCCGUUCCCCCGUCAGAAUCUCAAGUCGCCGUUUCGACGACAAACAGCGCCGUGAAAUCCGGUUUACUUGCCGACGAGUUUAUCUCGCAACUAGAGUCUAUACCUCCCGCUCCCGCACUCGCCACGUCAUCAUCCGCAACUCCGGCGUCUUUAACGCGCCAGGUGUCACUGACAUCCGCGGGAUCUUCUGGCAGAGUGGUCUCGCCCGAGGCGCAAGAGGAGGCGAAGGCAAUGCUAGUCCGACAGCUGGAGGAGCAGGAUAGGCUGAGAAAUGCGGACGAGCGGAUGUGCGACGCGGUUCUGUCGCCUGUGAAGCAGGGCAUCCCAGGUCCCGACUCCUCCUCGCCGAGUCGCUCGCGCUCCGUCACCUGGGCCGACUGCGCCGCGGACUUCCCGGCUGACGUCAUGGUGCCGCUAUCGCUCUCGCCCGGCGGGAGCUUCAGCGGCGGAAGCGGCGACGGCGGAAGCGGAAGCGGAAUGCGCAGCAGCAGCGGGUCGAUCGUGGCGGAGCCCGCAGUGUAUAUGGGGCCGGUUGGGGGGGGCGCGACGGCGGCUUCCGCUGCCAUGGGCGGAGUGGCGACGGGCGGCCCGAUCGCCGCGACUGAGGUGUCUUUCGCGGGAGCGGCGGCGGCGAGCCUGACCUUGGAAAGCGCCGCUGCUGCUGCCAUCGCCAGCUCAUCUGGAGGUCUCUCCGCGAAACUCGCUGUGAUCAUGGGGCAGUCGUUGCAGCAUUUCGGCGUGGGCGGCGUGGCGGGCGCAGUGGGCGCGGCGGCGGUGUACCCUCUAGACACCAUCAAGACGCGCAUGCAGGCGCAGCGCAAGAUCAAAGAGUCAGAUUCGGAUUCAGACGAUUCGGGGCGAGACGGCGCGAACGGCGCCGAGUUCCACUCCGCGGCGGGAUCGUCAACGUCAACGUUAGCGUCAACGUCACCGUCUCCGUCAGCGUCGCAAGCGCACGUGCAGUACCGCGACGAGUGGGACUGCUUCCUCCGCAUGGUCCGCGAGGAGGGCCCCGCGGCGCUGUACAGCGGGCUCGGCGCGCAACUAGUCGGAAUCGCGCCGGAAAAGGCGAUUAAAUUGACCGUUAACGAGGUUCUGUUGGCGAUGCUGGAAUCGACCAUCCCCGGAGCGCGUCUGUGGGUCCUCGAGAUCAUCGCGGGUGGCGGCGGUGGGUUCUGCCAAGUGGUGUUCACGAACCCCGUGGAAAUCGUCAAAGUUCGCAUGCAGGCGCGAAAAAAGAUCGCGACAGGAUCGUCAGCGUCGUCGAGUGAUUCGGAAGCGGAGGGCGCGGUCGCUUCCGCUUCCGCCUCCGCCGCCGGCGCGAGCGGAGCGGUAUUAGCGGAGCCGCAGCAGCAAAAAGGGAAGACGUCGUGGCAGGUGGUACAGGAGCUGGGUAUUCGCGGGUUGUACAGCGGGUCGAGCGUGACUCUAGCGCGGGACGUGCCGUCAACCGCGCUCUUCUUCGCGUGCUACGCGGCGCUGAAGCAGGUCAUGCCCGAUCAAACGUUCAUCGACGGGUGCCUCGCCGCGGUCCCCGCCGCGUACCUCGUGACGCCUAUGGACGUAGUUAAAACGCGCAUGCAGAUGGAGCCGGAGGAAGGGAAGGAGGCGUACGUUAACGCGUGGGCUUGCGUUAAGGAGAUAGUGGAGGAGGAGGGGCUCGGCGCGCUGUUCAAGGGUGGGAUUGCGCGCGUGCUGCGGAUGAGCCCGCAGUUCGGUAUCACGCUCAUGCUGUACGACAUGCUGUCGCAGUAA